AUGAAUGAAUCAUCGAACAACAUGUUUUUUCCCAUGGCUCAUGGUAUUGCGCUGAUCACAAUCAACGCUAUCGUCUUCGUUUUGGGAUCACUUGGAAACUUCCUCGUUUGUUUGGCCAUUGCUACAAAUUCUCACCUACGCCGAGCCUCCAGCUACCCUCUAUUCAGCUUAGCGAGCCACUCUUUAUGGAAUUUAUCAUCCAGAGAACAUUCUUGUACGGCGGAUUUCAAAGCGAGCCUGUCCCUUGCGUACUUCAUUUUAACGUAUCUUUCCUGUGCCACCUCAGUGUUACAUAUGGUGGCUAUCAGUCUUGAUCGAUUUGUUGCCGUUGUGUUCCCACUCAGACACAAAAACUUCAUGGAAAAAUUCGGACUUAAGGUCAUGCUAAUAGUAUCCUGA